AUGCCACGUAGAGCAGAGAAUUCUUUCUCCUUGUUUAAGGGCCGUGUGCGGGCUUCUAUGAACAAGUACAACGUUUUUAACUUGUACAAGAAACCAGAUGUUCGUUAUAAUGGGAAGUCGUUGUACCAACAAAAAUGGUACGCUAAACAAGAAACAAGAGCAUACCAUGGAGAUCAUUUGACUGAAGGUCGUUGGAUGCAAUUAUUCCAAAAGAAAGCUGACUCUGUAGCUCAAUUGGAUGCUUCCUUAAAGGGUACUCGCGAAGAACCAACACCUUAUUCUUUACAAACAUAUGCAGCAUUAGAAAAGAGAUUGGAAUUUGCAGUAUUUAGAGCCAUGUUUGCUUCUUCAGUGCGACAAGCAAGAGAAUUCAUUCGUUCUGGUCAUGUUAAAGUUAACGGAACCGUGGUUAGACAUCCAAGUUUCCCUUUACAAAGCGGAGAUUUAUUCAGUGUUACACCUGAAAAGGUGUUGAUGGCUAUGGGUAGAGCAAAACCAAGCUUGGAUAAGGCCAUUAAAACUGAUGUGGCUCAAGUUGUUGCCUGGAACAGAUUUGUUGCCAACGUCAAGGAAAACCCGCAUGCUAUGUGGGAAUUAGCCCAAGCCAAGCCCAAAGCCUUGAAUAGUGCUAAAUCAAGUACUGAAGAAGAUAGAAAGGCCUCAAUUAGAUCUUUUAACGAAAACGUGGAAAAGCAAAUGCUUCAAGACCAAAAGGCAGUAACAAGAGAAUCCGUUUUAUCUUCCAUUUUAAAAGCUGCUUCCACAGAAACUGAAGAAGAAGCCAUCAUGAAGGCUUUGGAACUGAAAGGUAAGAAAUAUGCUUCCAAGUAUAUUGAUGUCUAUACCAAGCUUAUGGCUGUUGGUCACCCCUUACUCAAAGCAAACUCCAUUGAAGAUUGUAAGAAAUAUAUUUCUACCAAAUCGAACGAAUUUGAAAAUGAAAGUGAAGUUAAACUUGCAGCUUCAAUAAAAAAGAUCUUGAACGAAUUAGUUAGCGACAAAACUGAACAGAUAAGAAUCUCAGCUAAUAGUUCCAAGUUAUCAGAGUCUUCAAAGUUUAUUCCAUUCACGUCUGAUUAUGGUAAAAACUUACAAUUCCAUCAAAAGUUGGAUAAGGAAGCUAUUGCAGAAGACGAAUCCACAGCUAAAGUGAAUUUACCAUGGCAAAAGGGUCUUUUUGGACGUCAAGACCCUUCAAAGCCAUACUUUACUCCUUGGACACCAAGACCUUUUAUUGGGGUAUUUGCUGUGUUACCUCAUCAUAUUGAAGUUUCUUUUGAAACUUGUCAUGCUGUCUACUUGCAAGAUCCUGUUGCUAGACCAGGGCAUUCUGAAGUGAUCUCACCUUUGCCAGAAUCUCUCUACCAAAGAGCUUACAUGUACUACGGCAGAAAGGAGGAAUGGGUAUUGGAAGUAGCCGAGAUACUCAAACAGCAUUACGAAGGCUCUACACUUACGGUAGUUGAUGCAUGCACCGGGACUGGAUGUAUACCAUUACUAUUGGAACAAGAACUUGGAGGAAAUACGCAAGUGCAAACGUUUGGGUUUGAUGCCUCAAGCGACGCACUUAAAGUCGCACUAGAAAAUGUUACUUUGGUCGGUCGACAAUUUGAAAAUUGUACCACGACAAUUUUGCAGGGCGACCUCCUCGACAAAAUGUUAUUACAUUCCAUAAACAUCACUGAUGCUAAUUUAAUCACUGCAAAUCCACCAUAUAUUCCAGAAAAUGAUUAUAAAUUGCCUGUUCUACUUAAUGGGGUAGAGAAAUCAGCCCGAAUGUAUGAACCACGGAUGGCGUUGGUUGGUGACACCGACUUUUAUUCCGCUUUGAUUAAUAAUUUGGUGCGACCUCUGGGGGCUUGUGGGUUUGUUUUCGAAUUGGGCUACGACCAUCAGGCAGAUCAUGUAAAUGAGUAUCUACAAGAGAAAUCUAAGAGAAUAUGGGGAGUUGGCCGACGCUAUGAUUCUGCUGGCAACAUAAGGUGUGUAAUUGGAUGGAAGGUCGGUAGUAACCUUGAAUGUUUAAGCAAAUUAUGUCAAUCUAUUUACGAUAAAUAG